AUGUCGUGUGCCUAUAUCGUUAGCAGACGCGAGGAUGAUGAACAAGCGGCCGAGAGAGACGUCGUGAUAGACAGGACAACGCGAGACAGGACCUAUCAAACGCUCGGAUACACAGUGAAAACGAUGUCAACAGGAGGAUUCACGUUCGAUCAUCCAUCCAUGGACUGGAAUGCCACAGACACAUACCAAGAGUUCAAACGCUUCAAGGAACACGUGUCGUUUGUCUUCGCUGGCCCUCUUAGCAAAGCCACGAACGCGGAAAGAGCCGGGUGGCUAGGAAUGUGGGUCGGUCAACAAGGCAGAGAACUGCACAAGACCUUCAGCUGGGCUGAAGGAGAAAAGGAGGACCCCGGAAAGGUUCUAGGGAAGUACGAGGAGUACGUAAGCCCUAGGAAGAACAAGAGAGUAUCACGCUUCCGAUUUCACCAACGCAUACAAAAGGAGGACGAAAGUUUCGACACGUUCCUCAAAGACCUACGCCUUCUAGCCAUGGACUGUCAGUUCCACGACACAGAAGACAUCCUAAUUGAUGGCAUCAUCAAUGGCUCACGUCACAAGAAAGUACAGGAACGCCUACUCUAUGAGGGCCAAGAACUUACACUUGCCAAGUCCAUACAAAUAGCUCGACAGUUCGAGCUGUCACAACAGCAACUGCGAGAAAUGAGAGGCGAAGACUCUGGAAUAGCCGCUGUCAAACCACAGAAGGCGAUCUACAAGCCAAAGAAAGCACAACUCUAUCCAGCUGUUGAACAGCAGGCACGCGACAAACCGCAGAAUUUGCACACAUGUGGCAGAUGCGGCAACGACCAGACACACAAAAAGACAAGAGGAAAAUGCCCAGCACUAGGAUCAACCUGCACAUACUGCAAGAAGAGAAACCACUGGCAGACCGUAUGUCGAGCUAGAAAGACCAACAGGGUCUACGCAAUGGAGCCUCGGAGUCCAGAGGUCAGCUAUACAGCACAAGACAGCGACUCUACAGAGGACGAGGAAGACAGAUCCUACAUAAACGCUGUGGAACCCUCACAUCGAGCCAAGCAAGACAGAUGGUUAGUACGACUGGAAGUAGGAAGAAGCACCAAAACGUUCCGUAUUGACACUGGAGCAAAGUGUAAUGUCAUAGUUGCCAGCAAAUACAAGAAACUACGCAAUAAGGGUGUCCUGAGGAGGUCACGGAUAAAUCUCUACUCUUACAGCAACCACAAGAUCAACUCCCUUGGCGUGGCAACAAUUCCCAUCAGAUACAAUAGCAUUGACCUGGAAACUGACUUCGAAAUAGUUGACCUAGAGCAAGACAACAUCAUAUCAGGCGAUCUAGCAGAACAGCUAGGCCUCAUACAGAGAGUGAGCAAAGUGAACACGCGCGUGGAAACACAGACCCAACUUCCACCCAUAGAAACACAGACACAACUUCCACACGAAUUUCAGGAUUUCCCUGACUUGGCAAAUGUAACUGGAACGUUGCCCGGCACCUACACCAUCAAAAUCGACCCCAGUGCCAAAGGAGUAGUGCAUCCAACAAGAAGACAACCUGUCAUGCUACGGGACAAGGUCAUAGAGAAAUUGAAAGAAAUGGAGAACGAUGGCUUUAUCACCAGAGUAGAAGAACCCACAGAGUGGGUUAGCUCCAUGGUAGUGUCCCUCAGGAAGGACAAAGUGAGGAUCUGUAUCGAUCCUCGAGACCUAAACAAGGCAAUUAGGCGGGAACAUCAUCCCAUGAAGACAAUUGAGGAAAUCGUCAGCAACAUUCCAAACGCAAAAGUCUUCUCAGUCCUAGACGCGAAGUCUGGAUUCCUGCAAAUCAAAUUGGACCACGAGUCAUCAAUGCUAACUACAUUCAACACCCCCAUGGGGAGGUACCGGUGGCUACGUUUGCCUUUUGGACUAAAGUGUGCUCCCGAAAUUUACCAGAGAAUCAUGGACCAGAUGCUGGAAGGUAUCGCAGGGGCAACCGCCAUCAUGGAUGACAUAUUGAUAGCUGGCCGGGAUAUGAAACAUCAUGACCAGAUACUCCACCAAGUAAUCGAACGAGCCACCAGCUACAAUUUACGCCUCAACUACGAGAAAUGUCACAUACGACAACCAUCAGUUCGAUACAUCGGACAUCUCAUCACAGCCGAAGGGCUAAAGCCAGAUCCAGAAAAGAUAAAGGCAGUAGCUGAGAUGCCGGAUCCCCAGGAUCAAAGUGACGUCAAAAGCUAA